UCCCAUAGGAGCACCGAAUAGGCACUAGAAAAAUUAUUCUCUCGCAAAGAAGAAAAAAAAAAAGGUCUCUCCAAAUACAAACCUGCUUUCUCGCGGUCUCCCAAAUACAAAACCUUUCUUUAACGCCCACAAGAACUGCUUAUGCUUGGCUUAAAAGCCUGGAACCUUCACAGUAACAUGUAUCAUCUAUUCGAAUGCCCAACUCCCACUGUUACCUCCUUCCCCUCUUCUCUUUCAUCACAAAUUUUGCAAAGAACACAGAGCCCACCUCUUCAAAGCAAGCUCUUCGCUGUAUCCACGUUCGUUUGUACCUCUAAAAGCCAGAUUUCUAACUACCCAAUAUCCCCAAGAAACUGCAUUUUCGACACUGGACUCUACCAGCUUCAGUUACAGUCCUGCAAAUCCUUAGAAGAAUUGAAACAAAUCCAUACUUCUUUGCUUAUCAGUGGUAUCCUUCAAGGAAAUCCACAUUGGGAGGCGCAAAUCAUAUCAAAAUAUGCAAAGUUUGGCCAUUUGAGCAUUGCACGGUCUUUUUUCGAUAGAAUAUGUGGAAACAACUCUUUUCUUUGGAACACUAUGACCAGAGCUUAUGCCCAAACUGGGUUUGGCCUAGAAACUAUCGAGCUUUAUGCUCGAAUGAUCAGAGAAGGAAUCAAACCCAACAAUUACACUUACCCAUUUGUACUCAAGGCUUGUGCCAUGAAUUCGUGGCUUCGGAAUGGGAGACUGGUUCACCAACAGAUUAUCAGAAGUGGUUUUCAAUCCGAUAGUUUUGUUGAGGCUGGAUUGGUUGAUAUGUACUCAAAGUGUGGCCAAAACGAUGAUGCUCGAAAAGUGUUUGAUAACAUGUUAAAUAGAGAUCUAGUUUCUUGGACAGCCAUGAUCACUGGUUACGAGCAAGCUGAGCUUCCUGAUGAGGCACUGAUGGUCCUUUGGCAAAUGCAAGGUGAGGGCUUAAUGCCCGAUUCAGUUUGUGUGGUUAGCGUGGCCUCAGCCAUUGCUCAAUUGGGGAAUUUGCAGAUGGCUAAAUCACUCCAUGCCUUUGUAAUUUUGACUGGUUUUGUCGAAGAUUUAGCAGUGGAGAAUUCUCUUUUGGCCAUGUAUGCUAAAUGUGGGAGUGUCAAAAUAGCGAGGUUGGUGUUUAACAGGAUGGCAAAGUGUGAUGGUAUCACAUGGAACGCCAUGAUGACAUGUUAUGAUCAGAAUGGCCAUGCCCAUGAAGCUCUAAAGCUUUUCGACCAUAUGAAGCUUUGUGGUCCAAAACCCAAUUCGGUUUCAGUGUUGAUUGCACUUUCGGCUUGUGCAUAUUUGGGGGCUUUACAUAUAGGCAGGCAGGUCCAUGGGUUCAUGGAAAAUGCCAUGAUAAAACCAGACAUGAUGAUAUGGAAUUCACUCGUGGACAUGUAUGCUAAAUGUGGGGACCUAGACUGCGCAAUCUGGAUCUUUGAAAGCAUGCCGAAAAGGGAUGUGAGCUCAUGGAACGUGAUGAUAUCAGGCUAUGGCAAUCAUGGCCAUGGGAAAGAGGCCAUGGCUUCCUUCUCUCGGAUGUGCGAAGAAGGCAUAAACCCAAACCAUAUCACAUAUACAUGCCUCUUAUCAGCUUGUAGCCAUGCAGGUCUUCUAGAAGAAGGCAGGAAAUUAUUCGAAAAUAUGACAAAUGAGACUCUGUUGAUGCCUAUGGUAAAGCAUUAUGCCUGUAUGGUAGACUUGCUAGGGAGAGCAGGGCAUCUAGAUGAAGCCCAUGAAUUGAUAAAGCAGAUGCCAUCAAAACCAAAUGAUGGGGUAUGGGGAGCGUUACUUGGGGCUUGUAGAAUCCAUGGGAACACAAGAAUAGGUGAAUAUGCAGCUCAAAACUUGUUUAGAAUUGAGCCAGAACAUGCUGGAUAUUAUGUGCUCAUGUCCAAUAUCUAUGCUGCCUCUAACCAUUGGGAAGAGGUUGGGAAGCUUAGGGGAGUGAUGAAGAGCAAAGGGUUGAAGAAACCAGCAGCUUGUAGUAUGAUUGAGUUAGAGAAAGAGAUACACGUAUUCCAUUCUUCAGAUUGGUCUCAUCCUCAAUCCAAAAGGAUUCAAAGAGAGAUGGAGAGGUUGGUGGCUGAACUCAAAAGGGUGGGGUAUGUCCCCGAUACGAGCUGUGUCCUGCAUGAUGUUGAGGAGGAAGAUAAGGAGCAUAUUCUAAACUCUCACAGUGAGAAGCUUGCCAUUGCUUUUGGGCUUAUGAAUAUCCAUGGCAGCAUGCCAAUACGCAUCACUAAGAAUCUCAGAGUUUGUGGAGACUGCCACUCUGCGUUUAAGUUCAUUUCGAGCAUUUACACGCGGAAGAUUGUGGUGAGAGAUGCAAACCGCUUCCAUCAUUUCCAAGAUGGGGUUUGUUCCUGCAAGGACUAUUGGUAACAGAAGCAAAAUUGCCUUUCAGAUUAAGUUGAAUCUGUAUUUUCUUUUUCUAUUUUUUCGAAAUUUCUCUUCUACAAAGGAAUGCAAUGCAAAGGAUUGAGCUAAUUUUUACUCACGACGUGUUUCUUUUUACAACAUAAACAACAAAAUUCUGCAGUUUCUAGGUUCAAAAGAGAUGCACUGAGAAUUUGGAAGUUCUUUAUACAUGUUCCUUCUUUAACAUAAUCAGGUUC